AAACAUGAUUGGGGGAAAUACAAAACAAUUCCUUUUUGGAUUUCUUCCCUUUUCAUUCUUUCCAUAGACAAAAAUUGCUGAAAGAAAUCAAGAAAAGGAAAGCAUUAUAUAAUGGAAACGAUUGUCUUUCCUUUUUCCUCAAAGUUUUUGUGGGCUAAAUAUCUUUUGGUAUUUGCUCUCUUCAUCUCCGCAAAGGCGUUGAUUAAGCUACCUAUAAAUGGAACCAUCCCUGCUGUAAUUGUGUUCGGGGAUUCCAUUGUUGACGCCGGUAACAACAACGAUCUCAACACUGUUAUUAGGUGCGAUUUCCUCCCUUACGGCCAAGAUUUUGCCGGGGGUGUUCCCACCGGAAGGUUUUGCAAUGGCAAAGUCCCUUCUGAUUUAAUAGCUGAAGAAUUGGGAAUUAAAGAUAUAGUGCCAGCAUAUUUGGAUCCUACAUUGAAAACCCAAGAUCUCUUAACUGGAGUAACCUUUGCUUCUGGUGGCACCGGAUAUGAUCCUUUGACUCCCAAACUAGCGUCAGUAAUAUCGUUGGGAGAGCAGUUAAACUACUUCAAAGAAUACAUAGGGAAGUUGAAAGCCAUUGCUGGAGAAGAGAAAACAAAUUUCAUCUUAGCAAAGAGUAUGUUCCUUGUCGUAGCAGGUAGCGAUGACAUUGCCAAUACAUACUUUGUUCUCCGUGCCAGGAAAUUGCAGUACGAUGUUCCUGCUUAUACUGACUUAAUGGUUAACUCCGCUGCUGAGUUUGUUAAGGAACUAUAUGGCUUGGGAGCAAGGAAAAUUGGGGUAUUCAGCACACCACCAAUCGGAUGUGUGCCAUCACAAAGAACUUUAGGUGGAGGAAUUGAAAGGGAAUGUGCUGAAGAUUACAACGUAGCAGCUAUAUUGUUCAACAAGAAGCUAUCUUCCGUGUUGAAUUCCUUUAAGACAAGCAUACCUGAUGGCAGAUUUGUGUACAUAGAUGUCUACAACCCUCUGCUUGGUCUGAUCCAAAACCCUCAAAAAAAUGGCUUUGAGGUUGUAGACAAUGGGUGCUGUGGAACAGGGAACAUAGAGGUGGCUAUCUUGUGUAAUAAGCUCAGUCCAUCGACAUGUACGGAUGUGUCUAAGUAUAUCUUUUGGGAUAGUUAUCAUCCAACAGAGAAGGCUUACAGGGCAUUGGUUACGUUAAUCCUUCAGAAUAUAAUUGGCGAUUUCUUUUGAUGAAUGUUUUAUGUUUCUCAUUUUUUAUCCCCAUAAAUGGUUGCUCUUUAAUAAAGUAUUUGUGACCAUAUGUAUUGUGCAUCUUUAUUCAAGUCAAAUUAAUUGUGUAAUAAUUAUUGAUAAAA